GGCCCAUCUUCUGUCUUCUUGAAUUCUCUUGUAUCUAUGAGGCCAUGAAGGUAAUAGUACAGGCUCUGCUGGCUUUCAGCUUCGUACAACAGUGGGUAUCCAUAGUGGAAGGACAGUCAACCAGCUCAGUCAACCAGCUCAGGGACAUUGUCCUGGACACCAUUCACAUGUAAAAGAGAGAAUAAUCCCAUCCUCUUCACAAUAAAGAUGGGCGAUUGUAAUAUCCUCCAGUCUGAGAAUGGAUUACCCUGCUCCAUGGAUCUCAUAGAGCGCAUGGUUUUGCAAGGACUGUGCUUCAGCAACGGUGUCGAUUCGUAUGUAUGCAACGUCAACAGCAACUACACUGGUGAUCCUCCCUGCUGUGUGUCACACUUUAGUGAUGGUAGGAACUCCAGCUACUGCGGGCCAAGCAGCACUACUGAAGCCGUCUCCACUCAAGACACUACUGAUCUGAUAGGACAAGACACGUCACCUACAGCCUCAACUGUGCCCAAUGUCAACAGUACAGCAGAUAUCCCUGACCCACCCAUGAAGGAUGAUAAUGACCCAUACAUUCCAGCAUAUUGUGUUGCUGGAAUCAUCACCCUUAUCAUUGUGGUGGUGGCGGUAGUAUUCAGCGUCUGGUGGUGUUAUCGUACAUGUAAACCUGGACGUAGACGUAGUGUCCCUCCGUCAGUUUGUGGUGAUAAACAGAAUCCUGGUGGAGGUCAAAACCCACCUAAUCAAGAAAAUCCAACUGUUGUGAUUCCUAUGGAAAAUAGAGGUGCUGCCGGGGCCGGGGGUAUUGACACUGACGGUCAUAGACAAUCCAGUCCAUCUCAGGAGAAUCCCCAGGAUGCAUCUCAAGGUGGAUCGCAAGUACCGGCUACUACCAAUACGAAACAAUCUUCUAGUGAAUUUCCAAGACGAAGACGCAAGCCUCUGACUACAUAUGAGGAAACGAGACGUAGGCCCCCACAACCUAGACAGGAAGUCACUGAGCCUGAAAAAGAAUUGAAAAGUUCGACUAGGACUGUGCCUUUCAGUAAGGAAUCCGGUUACACAUCUGAAUCUGUCAUGAUACAGCCUUUCUCUGAUAACUACGAGCCUCCUGACGAUUUAACCAUUCAAGAAGACACGUCUUCCUCCAGUGCUUCUCAAGCGUCUGAUGAUGGCUCACCCUAUGUCCCUCUGCCGCUCAAGUCAUCGUCUCUGGUUCGAAAGCUGAACAACAAGGACCUCGUGACAGCACAUAUGAGCCACCUGGAGUGUAAAGAUGAUAUCCAAGAGAAACCUUCGAUUACCCCUGUCGUACAAGGUCAUAUGCAGAGUUUGGAUCAAGAUGACCCAGAGGCAGAAGCACUUGUAGUCCAACAGAAGGUCAAGGUUGGAGAGGACACCUCAAGUGCUGUGGCUCACAAACAACGGAGCUGCUUUAAAUCAGGAGGUACAGAUGACGAGACUCGUGGCUCUGUCUCUCGGAAGGACCCACUGAAGAAGCACAAGUUCCCACCAGCUCACCUUGGCACUGUGGGUGUGGCUAUCACAUGUGCACUGAUCUUGGCUACAUUUAUGUGUCACGGAAGAGGCUACACUUCCCAUCCCUCUUUUGCAUCUAAGUACCGAUGGCUUGAUAGAGGCACACCCUGGAUUAGAGCUCUUGCAGACAGACUGACAUACCCCCAGAACCUAGGACCAGCUGCAUACUGUGGUAUCUUCCCGAUGACCCUAACUACGUUAAUAUCCCUCUACGACCAAUGUCAACAUAAGACUGCCGACCCAACUUUGAACGAUCAAGCUUAUAAUUACCAAUGGCUUGAUAGAGGCACCUGGAUCGGAGCUAUUGCGUACCCAUUAAUGUUUGGCUCCCCUAAUCUACGAUUAGCUGUAUACUGUGGAAUCAUACUGACAACAAUGGCCCUCAUCAUCAUGGCAACAACACUCAUCUCUCUGUUUGACCAAUAUCAGCCUGGGCCUAUUUGUGCUCCUUCAGGUGUACGGCAUUGUGUGUCUCUGGCUGCUAUAAAGUCCUGCAGAUGGACUGGCAUAGCACCUCAUGUGAACCUCCCUGCCCACCAGAUUGCAGCCGUUUUAAUUGUAGGGUAGAACUGGCAGUGGUACUCAUUUACCAUCUGCGUACCAAACUGUGAAUUUUCUUUGUGAAUUGUGAAUUGUGAAUUGUUCUGAAUUGAAUGUAGACUCCAUGUAUAUACAUGUAUAAUAAGUGUAUCAUUAUGA